CUCUGGUGAUCUGUAGCUUCACUCUUUGAUAAAUAUACCCCUUAGACCCCAUACUCACAGCUGGUGCAGUAAAAAUAAAGGGCCAGUUAAAACAUGAGCCCAUUCUUCAUUAGCAUUGAAGGGUAUUUAAGUCCAGAAACAGCGUUAGAACCUUUUCAUGGAAGUUCUUAAAUUAUCCAUUUAUUGUAUUGUGCUUAUCUACCCGUAGACUUUACUUAAGAUGAAGGCGGUUUCUGCUGUGUGCCAAGUACUCGUUUGCUGGUCAAAUUAGCGUUUCCGAAAGCCAUGACUGAAAUUACUAUGCAGGUAUCGCUUGUACUUUUCAAUUACAAUUAAAAACAAACGAUGUAGGUUUGAUACAUCCCACUUGAAAAAAAAACUGAGGGGUAUUACUUGCAAGAAAACAGAAUAAAGUUAAAUUCAGAGGUCUCCCUGUAAUUCCAACAUGGAAGUGUUCUGCCCAACCAACAAAAAUAUUUAUAAACUCACCUUGGAAAAGCCCAUCAGUUCAGACUUAUUAUUUAUCACUGUAUAUAUAUCAGUUGCCCAAAAGAACAACUCAUCUCAGCUAUCCAAUACCAUAGGAUGAUAUGGUAAUGUUUCCUUUCCCCCCCAUUCAUUUGAUUAGUAAUGAAUUGAUAUUAACACAACUAAACCUCAGGCCCACUCCCCUAGGUUAUCUGAAUCAAUUAGAUUCUUUAAAUAGUUUAUAAAUUUUAGUACAACUGUAUGGGAAUUCCAAGACUCAUAUAUUUUUUCCAUUUGUUCCGUUAACAAUAAACAUAAAAAGACACCCCUACAAGUGCUGAAUAUUAUAUAUUAGGUUUUGUUGGUAACUAUGAAUUUGCACAGAUAAGCUUAUUUUUGCAUGGGAACACUCAGUUGAAAUAUGAACAUUUAAAUCUCUUUCCAGACCUUCGUGACAUUUGAUGAUGUUGCAGCAUACUUCUCUGAAGAUGACUGGCAAUGUCUAGAAGAAUGGCAGAAGGAACUGUACCAAAAUGCAGUACAAGAGAUUCAUGGAGAUCUACUUGCCAUGGCAGGAGAUGGGGCUACAGGAGGUAACAUGGAGGAUGAUAAUGAUGAUGAACAGCUGCCAGAAAAGGUCAAGGAAGACAUCUUUGAGAAAAAUAAACCAAAAUCUGUUCCAAAGGAAUUACCAAAUGAAGGUAAAAAAGAUGAGGAGGGAGUGGCUUGAACAAAUCCAACUGAAAUGGAUCAGAAAAUAUCAGUUCCAAAGGAGAGACUAUAUAUUUGUUCUUUAUGUGGAAAACGCUUUGGUGGCAACUCCUUGCUUGUCAGGCACAUGAGAAUCCAUACAGGAGAGAAGCCAUUUGCUUGCAAUCACUGUGACAAAAGCUUGUGAUCUUAUGACUGAAAGGAAGCAAAUCCAACCAACAAUAUUCCAAUAUGUAGUGGAAUGCAGAGGCUUUAAUAGUAUUAAUAUGAAUACACUGGGUGCUCCAAUCAUUUUAACCAUUUGACAUUUAAUAAGACCACCAGCAAUCCUAUUGAUAUCAGCGCUUAUCCACUGCAACUUAAUGUUUGGAUAUGUCUGUUAACGGUCACUAUGGUGACCUCUAUGACAUCACAAACACCGUGCUGCAAGCAGAGUCAACCGCAGGAGCCAUCAUUAAUUUCUUGGAUAUCGAGAGGUAAGCACCUUUUAUCAAUUACUCCUCUAUAUCUCAUACCUGUUUGGGGUUUUAAUGUUCACCUGAGUGCUAAGCGUGCUUUAGGCAUCACUUUGGUUAAUGUAUGCUGUUUCUUUAGGUUUACAUUUGAGUUAGAUGGAUGAUUGUGGAAAUGGGAAUCUAUAGGCUGAAACAUUUCUUAUAUUUAUUGACAUACAUCAAAAAAUCCUACCAAACACACCAAAAUGUGUUUAGUUCUUUAAAAUCAUGUUUUGAAAGUUCCUUCAGCUUACUAUAAUGAGAAGUCAUUUUGCCUCUUAAAUCAAGUCUAGCCCUAGGAGCCAUGGGCCUAAUAAUGUUGUUGUUGUUUAGAUAAUGAUAAAGGCUGUUUUGUAACUUAUGCUACUAUCAUUUUGCAGAUUUUUAAAGAGUUUAUUUUGUUAUUAUCAUAAAUGCGAGAUUACCAACAACCAUCAAGAUCUAGUACAAGCACUACACAUGUCAACCGACAGGAGGCAAUAUGCCCCAUAUGUAUGGAGAGGAUAGAGAAUAUCUCCCACCCAGAUAACUGCAUACAUACAUUCUGCCACCAGUGCAUAGUGAAGUGGGCAGAAAUCAAUCCCGUGUGUCCCCUGUGCAGAGAGCCCUUCCUGACUGUGCAAGAAGGGGGGACAGAGUUUACGGAGACAGAGGACACUUCUUCUUCUGUUGGGACUGAACUCAGUGAAGAGGAGCUGAGAGAUGAAAGCCCAAGCUGUUCCUAUGUUACAACGGAGCAAGCCACGACCUCAGCUGCAAGCACACAACUAACCUCUAGUGAGAGUUCAGAUGAGGAGCUGUCAAGUCUUUCAGAUUUCUCUGAAGAUGAAUGUGACUCAAGCCCACCUCUUAGUAGUUAUUUGUCACAUGUAAGCUCCCAGUACAGAGGUGUGUGCAGUGAUGCACUUACAACUGGCACUCAACACCAUCCUGCUAACACAGCAAGUGGGAAGAGCACUAAGACGACUCACCACCUGGACAAUCAAUCUAGGGAAAAUCCUAAUGGUGAGCACUUAAAUGCCAAGAGGAAACGCCCAGACCAUCAAGAAGCAGUAACUCCACAGACAUCACGCAUGUCAAGUUCUGAAGAGCCGCUUGAGAAAAAGACCAAGCAGGAAUCUUGCCCUAUACCCACUGGGCAAAUGACUGAGUUUCAAGCUGAGCCUCCUCUACGUGAGAGGCAUGGUCAGAAUAGGAAACGUGGAUCUGACCACACUGAACGAGAGUUUACGGAGACAGAGGGCACUUCUUCUUCUGUUCGGACUGAACUCAGCGAAGAGGAGCUGAGAGAUGAACGCCCAAGCUGUUCCUAUGUUACAACGGAGCAAGCCACAACCUCAGCUGCAAGCACACAACUAAUCUCUAGUGAGAGUUCAGAUGAGGAGCUGUCAAGUCUUUCAGAUUUCUCUGAAGAUGAAUGUGACUCAAGCCCACCUCUUAGUAGUUAUUUGUCACAUGUAAGCUCCCAGUACAGAGGUGUGUGCAGUGAUGCACUUACAACUGGCACUCAACACCAUCCUGCUAACUCAGCAAGUGGGAAGAACACUAAGACGGCACACCACCUGGACAAUCAAUCUAGGGAAAAUUCUAAUGGUGAGCACUUAAAUGCCAAGAGGAAACAGCCAGACCAUCAAGAAGCAGUAACUCCACAGACAUCACGCAUGUCAAGUUCUGAAGAGCCGCUUGAGAAAAAGACCAAGCAGGAAUCUUGCCCCACACCCACUGGGCAAAUGACUGAGUUUCAAGCUGAGCCUCCUCUACGUGAGAGGCAUGGUCAGAAAAGGAAACGUGGAUCUGACCACACCGAACAUACUCAAGCAAAGCGCACGGCCCCAGAGAGGCAGCCACCCACCAGACCCCCAAGAUCAGAAGAGGAGGAUGAUUCAUCUGAUGAGCCUGGGCGCUAG